GAAUUGAUGUUGGACCCCUCAUAGCUGGAGUCAUAGGAUCCAAGAAGCCCAUGUACGACAUCUGGGGGGACACAGUGAACAUGGCGUCCCGGCUGGACUACACGGGCCAGCUGGACAAGAUCCACGUGUCCGAGCGGAUGUUGAAUUCCCUGCGCCUGGCCGGCAUUUCCGCCGACUUCCGGGGCCUCACAGUCAUCAAGGGCAAAGCUGAGAAAAUGCCCACGUAUUUUGUGCAACCCGAAACUGUGCUCAAAGUGGUGGCCUUGAAUAGGGGGGAAAGUGGCGGCAGCAGGUCCAAGGGCGCCUCUGCUGCUUCUGGCUACUCAAGAAGCAUGUCCACUGUGGGCAUUCGCAGUGGGCGCCAUAUUGGUGCCCAACUCAAGUCUGCACCUGCAUCAUUAGCAGACUCUCUGGAUGCAUCUGCAGUCUGGGAAGAGCAGUUGAGAGAACACAAGCGGUUCCAGAAGGAAAUGUCAGAGUUGUAUGAUGUGGUGCCUGAGGAGGUGCUGGCUAUGCCUGAGCCACCACCACCAAUGUACAUCAGCAGCAGCAGUAGUAGUUACCAACACAAUAACAACCACCAACAACUCAAGUCUCACUCAAGAAAGCAACAUCAUCUGCUUGACUAUCUGCAAUCGAGAGCAGGCUCCUUGCCCAGCAUGCCACUGCACAACAGCCAGAGUCAGAGUGCCUCUCCUGAAAUUCGCAAUGACCCCCACUUAUUCAUGCCGAGUGUUGUGGAAGAGGAAGAAGGAGAAGAAGAGGAGGAAGAGAGACUGGGAAAAGACCAAGGAGAACAAGAAAAAGAAGACCAGCGCAUACAAGAGCAAGAAGGGCACCAAUCAAGCACAGACGAGCCUGACGAUAAUUCCUCUAGAGCGAGAAUAACAGAUGCAGAUGCUCAUCAUCCUUCUUUAGCACUCAUCCGAUCAUCCUCAACGUCAUCAACGGCACCGAUCGUCAUCGAAGUCCAAGAGCCAGCUUUCAUCCUCUCUUCACCAUCGUCGUCAAUGAGCCAAAUAAGCGAUUCAGACAAGCAUGAUUACGGAAUACGUGUUGACCGUGACGGUGAAUCGCGGAUAACGACACUAUCGACUAAUGACGUGAUGGAUGUAAUGAAAAAAAGUGACCGGAGACGACGAGAAUGACGACGUUCGGAGCAUUUCAAUUGAAUGAAUCGGAUGCCCGUAUCAUCACUGACUUUUAAACUUUGAGCGUCGCAAAUGAUCUCGUCGUCGUCGUGUGCGCGAUCAUGUUUUUUUUCUCGUUUUCCUUUCGGUAAAUGCAGAACGGUUGAGGAUAUCA